UUGUUGAGUUUCUCCCGGACACCGUCCUAAGCCAAACUGACGAGAAAUGUGCACCCGGUCGGGGCUGCCGCGCUCACCCAAUUACAAGACUCUCAUCAUCUCAUGCCCACAUUCUCAACAGUCAACACCAUCCUUUCCGGCGACGCCCAUCUCGCCAACAAGCGCCGCUCCCUCUACGCCCACCACCACAGCUUUGGUUUAGUCGCGGUCUUCUUCAGACACAUUGGUGGUUAGAUUCAUACACAAGCGGUGGUGCCUAGCAUAGUCUAGGGUUUUUCUAGUUGAAUGGUGGUGCUCCUUGCGGCGUUCGUUUCAAGGUUUCAGCUUCAACUUGUACUAAUCAAAUAAUGUGGGAGGCGUAUGCCUCAUUAGGGUUGCUCUCAACAAUCGAUUGGCGAUUGCCUGAGCCAAAUAGAAAUACGAUUUAGAAGCUUCAGAGACGAUUAAUCGGCGGGAGCAGGGUGGCAAGGAUGGCAAAUCACCGUACAGUGCAAAGGCAGGAGCAGGGUGCCAAGGAUAUGAAGCUAUUAACCAUGAGUUUGGAUGACGAGAUGAACAAGGAAGAUGAAGUUUUGACGGCCCGUCCCCUUCCUGAACGGCCCCUUGGAGUGGCCAUGUGGCUAGAGUUCAGAAGACGACGCUUCAAGGUAAGUGAAGAAACUUCAAAUGAUUGAGCUAAACAGGAUGACAGGUAACUAAUUUUCUUAGUCAAAGAGGCCAAACAUGUUAUUAUUUCAACUUGGUGAGCGUUGAUUUAACUUCAUAGGAUUUAACUCGGCAGCUGAAGACUCAAUUUGGAUGCACAUGGCAUUCUAAAGGAGGAAUGCCUGAACUAUCUGACAGCUGGGAUGAACAGAAAACUGGCAACAUGCAUGUUUGUUCAGACUUGUGAUAUUACUUAUAGCUGCAUCAGUGCAGUGCAUCACUUGUGGUUGUGGUUUCAUAGGAGAUUGAGUUUUUUUAUCAUGUUGCCGACCCUACUGGUGCUCACAAUAAAGGACGAGAGAAGAUGGAGAUUAUACGGUUGGUGAGGAUACCCUUGUAACUGCAUAGGUGAGAAGUUUGUGGCUGAUGAAAGAUUAGUCUUGCAGAGGGAUAUGCUUGCACUAUUAUGAAGAGCGGAGUAGGAAUUUGAGGCAGUUAAUCUAGCAUUGGUGGAGCUAUGCCUAUACUCAAUCAAGGAGCAUCCAGCGCAGGUCAUCAUCAUCAUUACCCCAGUGAAAAUCAGGUCGAAAAUUGCAUGGACUGACUGCUGCUUCAUAACAAAGAAGUUCAUGUGUUGUAUCAAAAUGAUAGGGACCUACCUAUUAUACUAAUAAUUAGAAGUAAUAAUAAUAAUAACAUUAGUAAUAGGGGUCUCUAUUAUAAAUAGAGGGGUAGGGGAAACAGUAAGGAGGCUUUUGGGACUGUUUAGUCUUGGGACUGGGAAGAUCGAGUGUUUGCUCUUUCUUUGGGGGGCUUCGGCUCAGUUUGGGGGCUUCGGCCUUUGUACUUGUUACUGUUCAUCAUCUCCUUCAAUAAAGAUUUCUCUUGUUUCUUGAUAUUAGCUUCUGUAAUCUCUGAAUAAUUAGAGGUCUCUAACAUUGGUAUCAGAGCACUCGCUCCCGGAGUCUUAAUCGAUCGUCACAUCUUUAUCGCGGAAGAGGAAAAUUGAUUGUCGCGAUGUUGAGACAUGAACGAACCAAGAGGAUCGCUGAGCGGACCAGAGCACAAUGACGAUCAGGACGGGACGCCUUUGGUUCGCACGGACUUCUGGAGAAGCGUUCGAACCGAGAGAAGCGUUCGAACCUGGAGAGGAGGACGGCUUUGGCAAACCUAGCGACCACGCUGACUCAACAGAUUCAGAGCACCACUGCGGCAAUUAUGGCAGACAUCGCAGCAUCUAGAGCUGCGAUGAAGGAAGAAGUUCGCAGAUAUCGCGAAUCAAAAGAUUGGCCUACUGCGUAUCCCAGUUUGUCGCCAAAUGUGCAGGUUUUUUCUCCUCAUCCAUUGACAACGCAAGCCAGUUUUCCCAGAUCGCAAUCGAUAACUGAUCAUCAUCCUGGAACAUCAUUGGAAGGGAUUUCUAGUAGCUCGCAGAUGGCCUCUCAAGCCGCGUCUCACAGCGCACUAACUUCAUCACCAGCAGAUUAUCACCUUCAGUAAACUUCUCUGCAUUUUCUCCGAAUCUAGAAGCACUCCUAUCAUCAGCUGAAGAAGGUUGCCGCAGGUUAACAUACUCAUAUUUUGUCAUCCGCAAUUUUGAGUCAGAAACCACUUGCUUCUCGAAUUCACAACCCGCAUUUUUGUCAUCAACAAACUCAUAUUCCAGGGCAGUCGCGGAUUGAGUCACCACAUAAGUUUUUUCUUCUCGUCCUUCAUCAUCAUUGCUGCAGGUAUCUUCAUUGACAGGUUGUGGCUAAUUAAGGAAUUCCAAACCGAGCUGUGAAGCUUGCGAAGUGAGAGAAAUUGUCAGCUGUGGCUGGACUUGAAAUUGGCGCAACUGCAGUUCCUGUUUCUCUUGGAUGCUCAGCUUCUGAUGCUUCUAAGGGUUCUAUGGAAUUCUUCAACCCGGUUAUUGGUAGAGUUCUUGAACUUGGAUUAAGUGUUCUAACGGAUAUUAGGUACCCUGGUUUACUACACAAUAGACUGGGAUGUCUGAAUAAGAUGGAUGGUUUCAGAUUUGAUGAUGUUUAUCAACACAAGAAAUCUAUAUUGGAGCAGUACCAUGAUCUUGCAAAGAGUGUACAUAGAUCUCCUAUUGUGCAGAAUGGUUUACUUAACAAAGUUAUAAAUCUUGUUGAAGCACCUAUGCCAGUACUGGAAAGAGUUAAGAACACCUUCGUAAAGUUUCCUAAAGCAUUACUAAUAAUGGUCAGGCAGAAUCACCAGAAUUACUUUGCAGUGACUAAUGAGAAUGGGGAUUAGCUGCCAAACUUCAUUACUGUUGAUGGAGGGAUUAAUGAAAUGACAGGGAUAGAAGGAAAUAAAGCUGUAAUCAGAAUGGGAAUCCACAGAAUUGGGACUGACGCAGAUAGUGUUGAAGGAGUUGACUCUGAAUUCGCAGGCACUAAAUGUUGCUUAGUUUCAGUGUUGUAUCACACUGGCAAAGAGGUUCAGGGCAUGAACAUAAGUUCUGCUAAUGGUGUAGGUGAAACACCUCAGGAAGACAAGGAAAUAUUUGUGGCUAUUGAAGGCCUGAAGACCAAGGAAGAAAAUGAAAAUUCAUCAGAGAUACUAUAUGCUGCAGUAACAUCUGUGAAUUUGAAGAAUCAAGUAUGGAAGCUAUUUUCUCAGAAAUCAGUUAGAUAUUGGGAAGGAAGAGGUUCAAGGAAGAAACAGAAGCAGAAAAUGUUGGCUGUCUCCUACCACCCACCUUGAGGGCAAGGUGGAUGUUUAGGGAGGGAGUAUUGAUAGGGACCUACCUAUUAUACUAAUAAUUAGAAGUAAUAAUAAUAAUAACAUUAGUAAUAGGGGUCUCUAUUAUAAAUAGAGGGGUAGGGGAAACAGUAAGGAGGCUUUUGGGACUGUUUAGUCUUGGGACUGGGAAGAUCGAGUGUUUGCUCUUUCUUUGGGGGGCUUCGGCUCAGUUUGGGGGCUUCGGCCUUUGUACUUGUUACUGUUCAUCAUCUCCUUCAAUAAAGAUUUCUAUUGUUUCUUGAUAUUAGCUUCUGUAAUCUCUGAAUAAUUAGAGGUCUCUAACACAAAAUUUGCACUCUUUGAUUAUUCACUUGAGUUCUUUUACCCUUUCUUUGGUUUGAAAUUGGGAAGGGGAGGAUAGAUGGGGAAUCGAAGAUGUUGUAUUAGGCUCAGUGGGAGAGUGCAGAGUAUUAAUUAUUCUUGAAAUAAUAUGAAAUUUUAUAUUUAGGUUGUUUUAAAAGAAUCGUAUAAUUUUUGAAAUAAAAUAUUGGACUCUAACUAUUGGGCCAAUAUAAGAUGAUGGCUAAGCCCAUAGAUCCAUCCAAUGGAUUUAUCUAUGAAAAAUAAAUUGAAUGCCAAUGGGGUGCAUAAUCUCGCAUGCAUUGAAUGCAAUCACAUUUAUUUCUGUUCAUAAAGAAAUAAACGCAAUAGGCACGUUGGCGUGAGUCACGCGAACGUUGGCGUGAGUCACGCGUUAAGCAGUCAUCUCCACAUGUUGUGUGUCGAAUGCGUGUGUGAUAGUUUUGUGCACUUUAUUUCUAUAUGUAUAUAAGAUGACUAGAUCUCACAACUUCACAGUUCAAAAGCAGCAAUUAUCAGCAUUCAAGAAAACCCAGGACAUAACACCAAAACAGAUUUAGAGAAGAUUUUCUACUUAUCAUGUAAGUAUGUUCAUCUUCCUCAAUCGUUUUCCAUUUGAACUUAGAUGUAGGUCUCCAUGUUUUUUUAAUGUUUUUUACUAACAUUGAUGUUGAUGCAUGCCAAUGUGAGUCAGGAUGACUUAAACUCAUUGGUUCAGGUAAUAAAAGCUAAAAUUCCUGUAAUCUAUGUUCAUUAAUAGUUCAAUGCAUUGCCGCUUUAAUUGAAUCGUGAGAAGAAACAUUUUCAAUGUAGCAUUCAAUAAAAUUUUCAAAUCUCAUGCUUCUCAAUUAGCUAAGUUUUUCCUUUCUAAAAGUGAAGCCAGUGUUUUAUAUCGUUUUUCUUUUAUUUUACUCUCAAAUGAUUAUUAUGGUGUCAGUUUUUGUCGAAGAGAUUUCAUUUUUAUUGUUUUCUACCUAAACACUUUUAUUUCUUAUAUUUUUCUUUUAAAAAAGGAAUCUUAAUAUACUAUGUGUAAUAAUAAAGCUUGUUUUUCUGGAGGGCGUACAGAGGGCCCUUUGAGCCCUGACUGUUCCAGAUUCGAUCAAAUUAUCUUUUUAGAUGUAUGUUUUUAUGUUCUUUUUGCGUGUAAAUUUAUGUAAGAAGCCUACUCUCCCUAUAUUUGAUCCUAUUACCUCGUUGUGCAUUUUUAAUGAAGGAAUUUAGUUGAACUACAGAGGUUCAAUUAGUCUAUCUUAAAUAUUGUAAAUUUUUCUUUUCAUCACAUUUGACUUUUUCUAAACAUUUUGACUAUUUAUUUUUUUGUGUGAAUUCACUAAUUGUAACCACUAACCAUCAUAAUGUGGCACACUCUGAAACCUGAUACUAGAGUUAUGCACUGUAUGUAGGCCUUAUUUUGUAUUCUGAACCACAAAUUGGACCCGAAACAAAAUAAGAAUUGAAUUACAAAUCAGUAAAUCACAGAUCUAGAAUAUGCUGUUUAGCAACUCAGAAUAUCCCAUGUAUUAGUAAAGAUAGAUCAUAUCUUUGAUGGCAGGAUCUCGUUUCCAUAUCCCAAAUUAUCGAACAUUCAAACAGAGAGCAAUCAAGUAUUUAGUAAAAAAAAUUGUGCAAGCAGAAAUUAUGACUACGUAUUGAGAUUUGUAAAGUUUUACUCCAUAUGUGUUAUGUAAUAAAUGCAAAUGCGAACACAACUCCAAACAAAUAUCUAAACUUGAUUUAUUGAGUUUAGCCUCUUCUAAUGUGAUCUCUUUUUUCGUUUCAUCUUUUACUCGCUAGACAUUUUUCUACUAUGAUUAUUAUUAUCAUCAUCAUCAAUUCAUCAUCAUCAUCAUCAUCAUCAUCAUCAUUACCAAUAUUUGGAAGAAAAUGAUGGCAUUUCUAGGUAAAGGAAUGGAUAAAGGCUGUUCAGGGAAAAGAGAAGAGAGUGAGAGAGGCAAAGGCAUUCUGGUCUAUCAGCGGAAGUCGAGAAAUAACAUGGAGAAUCCAUCUUUCUUCUCAAGCGCAACAAAAUUAAUCAUGGAUCAGCAAGAGCGAGUAGAAGCUGCUCCCCCCACCUCCUCUGCCACAGUAUGGGCUGAUGCAAAUUCCAGCCACCUCUUGACUUGUGCAUGCCAUUUCUGCCUCACUGAAGCCUCCAACUCAACUCAUCCUUCCCGUUCCAACAUCCUUGACCUUACCGCCUGUCCUCGUCCUGAACCAGCCGGGACUGGAAACACUCCCAAUGUCUCUGCAGCUGCUACUGUGUCAUCCUGGGCAAAAGUGCACCCCAGCAUACUGAUGCCCCCCCCUUCAUGGUCUUCCCCGCGCCAAAACCAGUUGCCACCCCUCCCCCACCGCAAUGAAAUCUCACUGCCGCCGUUGGGGGAUAUUUCGUUCAGAGAGUUUUUAAAUUUUGGCCGUAAGAGAAGAGUUUCUUGCUGUAGGGAUAUGCUACACAGAGGAGGAUUUUCUGAUGAGGAGCUGAAAAGGUGGUUGAAGGAGGAACUGUUCAUUCGGGAUGUGGAUGCAUAUGCCUCUAUUAUCCGGAGUCCCAACAUGGAUUUCGAGAAACUCCUCCCCGGAUCAUCAUCAGACAAUGAGCAUUGUCCAUGAUAUUAGUGUGUCUGUACCUAGACAUUACUUCACAUAUCAUUAUAUGUACCGAAUUUAUAUUUUUGUUUUAUCUGCUACUCCAGUACUCCAUGAUUGUGUGUGUUCUUUAUGCGUGUCAUAUGCAUAUCCUGAUUUCUUUAUUUCAUCGCUUCAACAGUAUCUUAGUUCAUUUGGGGAUAGCACUAAUGUUUCACUAGAACGUAAUGACA